AAGAGAGAGAGGGAAGGGAAGGGAGUGGUAGAGGAAAAGAGUGUAUCUCCCAAACCCUAAAAUGGACGACAGAGACAAAUCCGAUAAGAGAACCAGAGAUCGCCACUCCGACCGCGACCGCGACCGCGACCGCGACCGCGACCGCGACCACAAGCAUCGCGGCGAUGACAAACGACAUCGCGAUUCCGACGACCACCGCCACCGAGAUUCCGAUGACCACCGCCAUCAUCGAUCGGACAGGAAUCUCAAGCGCGACCACAAAUCCAGGGACAGGGAAGACAGAGAAGGAAGCAGGGAUAGGGAUAAGGAUAGGGCUUAUGAAAGAGAGGAUAGAGAGGGUAGCAAAGGUAGGAGGAAGCGUGAUGAAGAGAGGGAAGAUUCAUUGGAGCCGCGACACUCUUCUCAUUCUCAUAAGCGGAAAGACAGGGAGCACAGCGAGGACAGGGUGUCGGAGGAUAAGAAAAUUAGGGUUUCUGACGAUAGGAAGGAAGGGAGGAGAGAACGGAGGAAGUUUGGGGAUAAAGUUAAGAAGGAAGAAGAAGAAGAAGAUCAUGAUUACGACGAUGUUCGAGGCAUUCAAGUCAUUGUUGAUGAGGUCAAGGUUAAGGAGGAAGUCACUAAUGGUGCCCAUGGCUCUGCCAAAGGCACUGCUUCAGUACAAAACGGCAUUGCCUUGGGAUCGCCUGCUGUGGCGCCCACAAGUGAGCCCGAGACAUAUUUGGCCCCUCCUCCUUCCUUUCCUAUCAAGGUAUCUUCGAUUUCUACCACAAAUGAAAAUAAGGGCGUUAGUAUUACCAGGUCUCAUGAGGUUACUGGAAAAUCUAGUACAGAUGGGUCAUCUUCAACUGCUGGAAAAACUGGAAGCCUCUCUAUUGACGCCUUAGCUAAGGCUAAGAAAGCUUUACAAAUGCAGAAGGAGUUGUCGGAGAAGCUGAAGAAAAUUCCUCAGUUGAAUAAUUCUACCCCAAAUUUGCAAGGAAGCACACAUUUGGAUUCAAAGAAUGAAUCUACAGUCCCCUCUGCUAGUGCUGGAGUAGCAUCAAAAACUGCCACCUCAGAUUCUUUGGGGCCUGUUGCAAAUAUGUCAAUUUUUCCUGCAGCUGCUGCUGCUGCUACUCAGGCAAAUCCUCCUGCUAGUGGCGCUAAUGCUGCUAGUAUUGCAACUCUACCCAACUAUGAAGCUGUCAGGCGUGCUCAGGAGCUUGCUGCCAGGAUGGGAUUCCGUCAAGAUCCACAAUUUGCUCCACUAAUAAAUAUGUUUCCUGGCCAGAUGGUAGCAGAUGUUGCUAUCCCGCAGAAACCAACCAAGGCCCCUGUUCUUCGUCUGGAUGCUCAUGGACGGGAAAUAGAUGAAUAUGGGAAUGUUGUCAAUGUUACUAAGCCAAGCAACCUUAGCACAUUAAAGGUCAACAUUAACAAACAGAAGAAAGAUGCAUUUGAAAUACUGAAACCUGUAUUGGAUAUCGAUCCUGAAUCUAAUCCUCAUUUUGAUGAAAGGAUGGGUAUCAACAAAACAAAGCUCCUGCGGCCUAAGAGGAUGAAUUUCCAGUUUGUGGAGGAAGGAAAGUGGUCAAAAGAUGCUGAAACAAUAAAAUUGAAGGUAUCCUUUGGAGAAGCUCAAGCAAAAGAGCAGAAGGCCAAACAAGCACAGCUGGCAAAGGCAAAGGCUGCUCCUGAUAUAAAUCCAAAUUUAAUAGAAAUACCAGAGAGUGUCAGAAUUAAAGAAAAACCCAAGGAACAAAUUCCAGAAAUUGAGUGGUGGGACAUGCUUAUUCUGAAAUCUGGAAGUUAUGGUGACCUUGCCAACGAAACCAUAGGUGAAGAUAAACUGAGAAUGGACAGAGUUUCAUUUUAUGUGGAGCAUCCUCGUCCGAUUGAACCACCUGCUGAGCCUCCACCACCUCAACCCCUCAAGCUAACCAAGCAAGAGCAGAAAGAACUCAGG